AAGUGAAUAAAUAAAUAAUCCUCCGGGUGUGGGAAGAAGGUUGGGAGUGUGGAAAGGGGAGCCGACAAAGGGGAUGGGAGAAUCUGGGGCGGCACCCUCACUCACGCCACCAGGGGUCCCCCGAAACCCAUUCAACACUCCAAUUCAUUUCCAUAAUUAUUCCAUUCUUAAAUCCUCAAUCCACACCUCCAUGCUAUGUACCAAUGGAUUGCUUCCCAGGAUCAAACCCCACCCAAUUGUUAUUCUUCUUAAUUUUGUUUUUGUUUUUACUAAUUCUACUCAAGUAAUCUGUAAAUAUGAAGGCUUUUAUAUUAAUUAUAAUAAUGGUUUUCAGUUCCUUUCUUCACCUAACGCACCCAAUUCAACUGUAGACAAACCCUAGAUCUUCCGUUUUAAUAUUCCAAGUAAACGCUUCUCUCUGAACUAUAUUUAUGCAUGUUUGGAUCUUCAUACUUGCACACUCAUUUAUGUCUAUUUCUAUUUUAUUUUUUUGAUUUUUUUUUUUUGUGAAGAAUCGGGAUAUUUUUGUUUUCGGGGUGGCUGGGUUAACUGAUGAUGGAAGGGGAGGCGCAUGAUCCGCGGAUCGGCGAUAAGGUGGACCGAGUUGAGGGGGGGAUUCAUGAGAGUUCGAGUGCUGAGCCUGUGCCUGAGACGGUAAUUAUGAUAACUCCGGCGGAGCCGGAUGCAGAGGAGCGGCGGGGGAGCAGCGGAGGAAGUGGAAGUGACAAAGCGAAAGCGGAGGCGGAGGCGGAGGCGGAGACGGAGACGGAGACGGAGUCGGAGGCAAAGUCGAAGUCGAAGGCUAGUGUGAAGGAGGUGAAUUCAUGCGUCGUGGAUGUGAAGUGCGGCGGCGGUGGAGGUGGAGGAGAGCUUGUGGAGAAUUGGGAUGGAGAAAGGGUGUGUAGGAUUUGCCAUUUGAGUUCAGACCCAGCGGCGGAGGGUUCUAUUGCUACUUGCCGUGAUGCUAGUGCGGAUCUAAUCCAGCUUGGUUGCGGUUGUAAAGAUGAGCUCGGGAUUUCGCAUCCUCAUUGUGCUGAGGCCUGGUUUAAGCUCAAAGGAAACAGAAUGUGCGAAAUUUGUGGUGAGACUGCCAAUAAUGUCAAAGGUGUCUGGGACAACAGAUUCAUGGAGGAUUGGAAUGAGAGGAGGUAUGCCGGUAGCAGUAGUAACUCUUCAGACAGGGGUGGCGGAUGUUGGCGGGGACAGCCAUUUUGUAACUUCCUGAUGGCAUGCCUGGUAAUAGCCUUUGUGCUGCCAUGGUUUUUUCGUGUAAAUAUGUUUUAAAGGUCGUGUAAAUAACAGACUUAAAAGGUUCUUCUUUGGCACCAUCACUUUCAUGGUUGCAUCUCUGCGACCUAAAGAUUGAAGGGUUCAAAUCUUAUAUAUUGCCACCUCAACAACUACAGUUAAUUUACUGAACUGCUGUGAUAUAUUGUGGGCAGCCAUGUUUUCAGAUUGUAAGGAGUGUUGGCUGAAAUUUCAUAUUAGUGGGUGGAAAUUGAAAAGGAUUGGUUAGGGUACAAUGCUGGGAGAAAUUUCCUUUUUCUUCUUCUUCUGUCUUCUUUGUUUUCUCUACUCUGUAAUAUAUUUCUGGGAGCCACUCUGGGGUUCACUUGCCAUUAGUGUUGAGAGGGACUCCCAUCACAAGCAUGGAAGUCAUCCCAAAUUUGUUCAACAUUUACAUUUAAUUAUAGUGGAAUGGUAAUUUUCAUAUUUCUUUG